AUGUUGCCGACGACACUUUCACAACGAGAAAUUGAGCCGACCUCUUCGUUUCCAAGUGUUUCUGCGUAUUUCGAUGAAGAUUAUUUGGUAAAAUCGCUUCGAAGAACAAGUGUUCUCAAUGGACACGACGGACCUGUAAAUGCGUUGAGAUGGAAUAAAAAAGGAACUCUUCUAGCAUCUGGAUCGAAUGAUAAAAAGAUCAAAAUUUGGCAAAAUGGAACUAACAAUUUAUUGCAUUCACUAGAGGAUGAUAACUUGGCAAAUAUAUUUUCGGUGGAAUUUUUGCCGGGCUCAAAUGACAAUGUCAUUUUGAGUGGUGGUGAUGAUAAACUAUUGCAUAUUAAUCACAUUGAAAGUGAGUUUAAAUUUAAAAAUUGAAAUUGGUGUGAUGUGUAUAUAGAUUUUUCAGACAAUGUUUCGAACACAAUAAGUGUAGAUGCGAUUGUGCGAAGAAUAUGCAGUUUGGAAAGUGAGCCGAAUAGUUGUUGGCUGGCAACAGAAGACGGACAUUUGCGACAAAUUGAUACGAGAAUAAAUGAAGUCAAUAUACUAAUGUCGUUACCGGAAAGUUCGGCGAUUAUUAAAACUAUGGCAGUUUGCGCCGAAAGACCGUUUAUUGUGAGUUGCUUUCUCUCGAGGUUUUUGGGAAAAAAUUAUUCUGAAUUUCAGAUGGCCCUAGGAUUGGAUGAAGCUGAAGUGCCACUUUAUGAUCGUAGAAUACCUUCGAGACCAUUCCUUAAACUCAAACCGGGUGAUAGUCAUACAUAUGAACAUAAAACAAAUCAUGUAGAAUUCAGUAAAAAUGGCCAGGAAUUAAUUGUGAAUCAAUUGGGAGGAUCAAUUGUAAUAUUCGAUACACAAAGAGGAAAGAAUCCUCAAACCCUUGAUGAUGCCUAUAAAUUACUCGAAGAUCCCGCAGAAUUUGAGAUGAUUCAUCGAAACAAUUUGCCAUUUGAAGAACUUCGACAUCCACGUUCACAUAUUUUAGUGGAAAAGAAUUAUUUGAAAGGAUAUGAUUAUUAUGGCGAAUUAAUGGCGACGACGAAAAUUAGGGAUUUGAGAUUUUUGAGUGUUUUGCAUUCGAAUCGAGCGACUUGUUUGAAUGAAAGAUUAUAUCCUGGUGACUGGUGGCAUUCGAUAAAGGAAUGUGUGAAAGCGUUGAAACUUCAUCAGGGAAAUUCGAAGGCGAUUUGGCGGAUGGGACAAGCGGCGGUGGGGAUGGAGAAUUAUGAUUUGGCGUAUAAAUGUUGCGAGGUUUUUAAGAAACGAUUCCCGAAUGAUGAGUCGAUAUCGAAAAUUGAAAAGCAGGUAUGGUUUUGUUGUUUGCUCCAGCUCUAGGCUCUCUAAUAUUACGCAAAUAAUUAUUAGAGCGAAUUUAUUGGCCGAAUUCUCGACAUUUCUAUUCAUAAUUUAAUUUCCAGCUCGAACAACGUUCCGAAUUGUCAUCCCGUGCAGCUCGAAUCCGCUAUGAUAUUAUGGAUUACAAGGAGAGAUAUUUGGGAAGUUAUAACAAAAACAACACAAAUAUCAGAAAUGCCAACUUUUUCGGAUCCAAUGAUCAAUAUAUUGGUGAGUAGAAUUUCAACAACAAAAAACACUUUUUCUUUUUCAAGUUGGUGGAUCUGAUUGUGGUUCGAUGAUUAUUUGGUCGAGAGCAACUGGAGGAAUUUUGGGAAUGUGGAAAAGCACGUUGAAAAAUGCGAAUAUUUGUGAACCGCAUCCGGAAUUGUUGAAAAUUGCCGCAUCUGGAGAGGAUCCACAUAUUCGAAUGUUUGAGUGUUGUUUUGAGGAGAAACCGAAACGCGAUGAAGAGGAGGUUUGUGAGAAAUGUGCUAGGAAAAAAGUUACGACGUGCGAGGAGACUUCAAAAAUUAUGAAUUUUUCAAAGUAGCACAAAUUUUGAAACUAAGUUUUUUUUCAAAUUAUUUCCGCACAUUUUUUUACCAUUUUUGUCAAUUUUCUUCAGAAAUUUUAAAAAUCAUACCUAGCGGAUAUAGAAAAAUGCUUUGACUGGGAAUCGAAAAAAAUUUAUCAGAAUUUUAGAGAUUUUGAGAUUUCGCGGCAAAAAAUUUGAAUUUCGAUUUUUUGGCGCCAAAAGUUAUAUGUUUGAACUUUCAAAUUUCGCGUAUAAUCUGAGCAAUGAAUUUUUUGCUUUUGUUUUUUUAAAUAAAAAUGAAAACUUUUUUUUAAGGAUUUUUUUAAAACAAAAAAUUACUGUCUCAAAAAUUGCAUAUUUUCAAAAUAAAAAAAAAUUUCAACAAUUUUUCAUCGUCUAAGAAGAAAUGUUAACUUUUCGAUUUUUUAUCUGGAAAAAUCAUAUUCCUAAUCAUCGGAACCUUUGCCACGUCAUAACUUGGUUUCACCAUUCAGCGAGCUCAAAUUUGUCAGUUAUCAAACUACUUUUUUUCCAGGAUAAUGAUGGUCCAUACGAGGACCCUUAUAAAUACUUGAAAGAAUAUUCAUCCCAACGAACCAUCAAUCUUGUCCCUGUUUACGUGGAACCUGAAGUGGAACAGCGUCAAGGCAGAGGUCGUCGACGUCGUUUUAGUGAGACUGGUUUUGAGAGAAUUUUCGAGAGAGGUUUCAAUCUGCGUUUGUUAUCUCGAACUAAUCCUUGAAUUAUUCAGUUCAACUAUUAAUGUAUUUUUACUUGCCGUAUGAUGUACUUUGUAUCCAUCCAUGUUCUAAUUAAAUUCAUUUAUCCAUUCAUUAAAAUCUUUUGAAAAGAGAAAGAAAACCCGGAAAUUGUUUGGAUUCAGGUCCCGUUUCCCAUUUUACAAAUCCAUUUUUUUCCAGCCAAGAAAGAUUCGUCAAAUUUAUUUGCUGAAGCUAUUUCACAAUACUUUCAAUCAAAAGUAUUUGAUGGCUGA